AUGAUAAAGAGAAGAUUCUUUAAGGUUGAUCAUGGCGAUAGGGAUGGUUCUGGUCAUUCUUCUUCAUCCUCAGAUGAAGAUUAUGAUAAUCAAACUGCAGAAGUAAGCCAGGACAAUGAUGAUGACGAUGAUGAAGUUAGCUCAGCAUCUUCUGGAUAUAAAAGUGACGAUAGCUCUGCCAAUGACAUUGAUGCAAACUCUGCCGACACCAACUCUGCAGGUCCGCUAUAUAGUGAUGAUGCUGGAACUAUAAAUGACAGAGAAGUGUUUAUUAACAAGAAAUUUGCUAGUGAACGUGACUCUGAGAAGUCUAAUAUUAUGCCUGAAAAGAAACCCCUACCAGCAGAUAUACAGUCCGAUUUUGUCGUACAAAUAAAAUCAGUUUUUAAGUGCAGGCUAUGUCCUCGGAUUAUAUGUUUGACUGAGGACACUUUGCGGAAUCAUCUUCAAUCAAAGAGACAUGCCCGGUCUGAAAAAAUGCACAGGGAAGGCAGGCUGAAGGUCAUGCUCAACAGCGAUGGUGAGAUAGAGAACCAAGAGGAUUCAGAAUCAGAUAAAGAAACUGAAGAUACUGAGGUUUAUACAAAGAAUGACAAAGGACCGAAGCCACAUAAGGACAGAUCAAAUAAGAAGAAACGUGAUAAACCAAACUCAAGGAAAAUGCGGUCAUCAAAAGGGUCAUAUAAAAGAAGCCGCAAAAAAUGA